GUCAGCGCGACACAUCACGACAGAAAAGGAGGGGGUCGGUAGGCAACAUGGCGGCGGCUGCGGCCGGUGUGGGCCGGCUGGAAGAGGAGGCUCUGCGGCGGAAGGAGAGGCUGAGGGCCCUGCGGGAGAAAACCGGGCGUAAGGACAAGGAAGAGGGGGAGCCAAAAACCAAGCAGCUUAGAGAAGAGGAGGAGGAAGGCGAGAAGCACAGGGAACUCAGGCUGCGGAACUACGUCCCGGAGGAUGAGGACCUGAAGAGGAGGAGGGUACCCCAGGCCAAGCCGGUUGCAGUGGAAGAGAAGGUGAAGGAGCAACUGGAGGCUGCCAAGCCAGAGCCCAUCAUAGAGGAAGUGGACCUGGCCAACCUCGCCCCCCGGAAGCCUGAUUGGGACCUCAAGAGGGAUGUGGCCAAGAAACUGGAGAAGCUAGAAAAGCGCACCCAGAGGGCCAUCGCCGAGCUGAUCCGGGAACGGCUGAAAGGCCAGGAGGACAGCCUCGCCUCUGCAGUGAACGCAACCACCGAACAAGAGGCCUGCGACUCCGACUGAGGCGCACCCUGUGCCCUGUCUGCUGUUGGGCCUCUCCUGUAGAAAUAACAAGCAUUCUGGAAUCUGGACCAUAGUCUUGUGGAUGAUCAGAAGACAGAUGGGACCUAUGUACCAGAGUUGAGGAUCAAAGCCUCUGGAUCUGAGGAGGCACAGCAGCAGAGUGGGACGGAAGUUGCACCUGGGAUUGCAGGGCUGGGCGUCCAGCGGCCAGGUGCUGACUGUGCAGCUGUGAAUCCGACCAUGGCUCUGCCGUCGAGGAGCUAACCCUCCAGGAGGUCUCUGGACCUAUGCUGGGAGCCAGACCUGCCUGAAAGACCUCGCUUUCCCCAGGCCCAUCUGGCUGAGCAUCACCUGGGGUUGCAAGAGUCAGUCACCCAAGAGACCUG